AUGAAACUUGAUCGAUAUUCUAUGAUGAUAGUAUGUAAAUAUUUUGAGAAUGAAGAAGAUUAUAUUGAGGUUAUGUGUGUUUGUAAGAAAUUUCAAGGAAUAACAGAACAAUUUCAUUAUAAUCCAAUACCAAUAUCAAGUUUUUCAUUAUUUCCAAAUAUUGAAACACAAUACCUGUAUGAAGAUGGAGAAGAAGUAUUAAAUGGAAUCAUUAAUACUGUUAUUUGUUAUAAAGUUUCAUAUAAAACAUAUAAACAAAAAAAAUGUAAUAAUUAUAAAUGGUUAAAUAUUUGUUAUGAACGUAGUGAUAGAGAAAAUAGAACAACUGAAAUACCCAAAGAAGUGUGUUCAUUAGGAUUUGGAUGUUUUGAACAAACGUUAUUAGAACAACUAAGUAUUCCAAAUACAAUUAAAAAGAUUCAGUCAUAUUGUUUUUAUUCAAAUAGAUUUCUUACUUCAAUACAACUUUCAACAAAUUUAACUAUAUUACAAAAUGAUUGUUUUAAAGGAUGUAUUGCUCUUAAAUCAAUUAUUCUUCCUUUAAAACUUCAAAUUAUUGAAAAAGGAUGUUUUUCUCAUUGUACAUCAUUAACUUCAAUAAAAAUUCCUUCCCAAGUUUAUUUCUUAGGUGAUGACUGUUUUUCCUUUUGUUCAUCAUUAAAAGAAGUGAUACUUCCAAAUACAUUAACAUAUAUUCCAAUAAAUUGUUUUAAUGAAUGUAUUUCUUUAAAAAAAAUAGAUCUUCCAAUGUCAAUUCAAAAACUAAAUGAUAGGUCAUUUAGAAAAUGUUUUAAUUUAAUAACAAUUCAACUUCCAUUUACUAUUAAUACAAUAAAAAGUAGUUGUUUUGAAUCAUGUACUAAUUUAUUAAAAAUAGACCUUCCAUCAUGUUUAACAUAUUUAGAUGUUUAUUCAUUCUUUAAUUGUAUAUCUCUUCAUUCAAUUCAUUUUAAUACAAUUUCCUUAAAGUCUAUUAAAAACUCAACUUUCUCUAAUUGUUCUUCACUUCAUUCUGUUGAACUUCCAAAUGGAAUUAUUGAAUUAGAGGAAAAUUCUUUUGAAAAUUGUUGUAAAUUAUCAUCAAUUCAUUUCCCUUCUUCAUUAACUCAUAUUCAAUCAAAUUGCUUUCUUCAAUGUACUUCUCUUAACCAGCAUUCAUUUCCCGUAACAAUUCAAUUAGACGAUUGUGUGUUUGGUAUCUAA